GGCCCAGAGCUAAGCUGGCUGGGGAGGGUGGCGGAGUCCUUCGCCUUUCGGGGCCAUGGGCUGCUGUCAGGACAAGGACCAUCCGGAUGAGCAAGGACGGGAAGAAGUAACAGAGGAAGGCAGGGAAGGCAAUGAAGGGGACAACCUAGGCCGCCGUAAACAAAGAUCUAACGAAAGUCUUCUGAUCACCGUGCUGUGGCGCAGGCUAUCCAUGUUCAGCCGUCGGGGGUCUUCACGGUCAGGCAAGCAAGACAAUCAGAUGCAGGAGCGCAAACGUGAGGGCAGCCACAAGGAACCAGAAAAGGGCUGACUACAACCCUGGUCUCAGUCCUCCCCAACAUCCAGAGAAUAAAGUUGAUAUUGCGAAUCGGCUGAGAACA